CGAGUUUUCGUUUUGUGCGAGCAAACCAUCGGUUGAUCCAACAAUGGCUGGACUAAUUUUGAGAUCCGCUUGCCGUCGCGCUCUGCUGCAGAGCCAGAAUGCCGCCUCGCCGAUGUUGGCCGCCCGCACGGUGGUGCUGAAGACGGUCCAGGCCGAUAACCGCCCGGGGGAAUCACACGACGACCGGAAUGCGCGCCUCCAGCGGCCCCAGUCGCCCCACCUGACCAUCUACUCGUUCCAGCUGACGGCGGUCCUGUCGAUUACGCACCGUAUGACCGGAAUGGCGCUGGCCGGGUACGCGACCGCCCUGGGGCUGGGUGCGCUGGCCAUGCCCCACGACGCCACCCACUAUCUGACGAUGCUGGAGGGACUGAGCGCGCCGACGCUGAUGGCCCUAAAGUUCACGAUGGCCUACCCGUUCUCGUACCACACGGUGAACGGCGUGCGCCAUCUGUUCUGGGAUCUGGGCAAGUUCCUGUCCAUCAAGGAGGUGUACACGACCGGGUACACGAUGCUGCUGGUUUCGGGCGUGCUGGCCGCCGGGCUGACCUUCCUGUGAGCGACGGAAUCGAAGCGAUGAUGGGAGAGAGAGGAGUUGCUUCUAAAGCAGCAUGAUCUAUGUGUCGUACAUAAAAAUUGAAGAUUUACUAUUUAUUUGGGGCAGAGUUGAACGAUUAAUAAAACAUGAUUCUACGAACUUGA